GACCGGGUUGGCUUCACUCUGAGCAGCUCACACACCACAGACCGAGCUGCUGCUGCUGCUGCUGCUGCUGCUGUGUCUCCUCAGAAAAGCCCUGGUGCAGCAGGGGAGAGGUCCGCUGCAUGUCACCGCCACUGGGCCGCAGAAGAACGAGUUGCGUGUGCGCCUUCACCGUGCACCCAAUCCGUUCAGCACCGGAGUCCUGUUCCUCCAGACGCGCUCGAGUUUGUCCAGAAGUGUUGAUCAAGACUUGAUUGUUUUGGUGCACGUGAUGAUGGCGGCUUACCGGAGCGCAGAGGGUGACGAAAUGGCCCUGAUAAUCCACGACAGCAACGCGAAUAACAAGGAGAAGGAGCGGCCGAAAGAGGAGCCGGUCCAGGAGAAGGUUUGUGAAAAGCCGGACCCGACGCAGAAACCGCCGUACUCUUAUGUGGCUCUCAUCGCCAUGGCCAUCAGAGAGAGCUCGGAGAAGCGCCUCACUUUGUCCGGUAUCUACCAGUACAUCAUCAGCAAGUUCCCGUUUUAUGAGAAAAACAAAAAAGGUUGGCAGAACAGCAUCAGACACAACCUGAGUCUCAACGAGUGCUUCAUCAAGGUUCCUCGAGAAGGUGGAGGAGAGAGGAAGGGCAACUACUGGACCCUGGACCCGGCCUGUGAAGACAUGUUCGAGAAGGGAAACUACAGGAGACGUCGCAGGAUGAAGCGACCCUUCAGACCGCCGCCCACGCACUUCCAACCAGGGAAAUCCUUAUUCGGAACCGACAGCUACGGCUACCUGUCCCCGCCUAAGUACCUGCAGUCCAGCUUCAUGAACAACUCCUGGUCGCUGAGCCAGCCGCCCGCUCCGAUAUCCUACACGUCCUGUCAGAUGGCGAGCGGCAACGUGAGUCCGGUAAACAUGAAGGGGCUGUCGCCCCCCUCCUCCUACAAUCCAUACUCCAGAGUGCAGAGCAUGGCUCUACCCGGCAUGGUGAACUCUUAUAACGGCAUGAGUCACCAUCACCAUCCGGUGCAUCCGCAUCCCGGACAGCAGCUGAGCUCAGCCGCCGCGGGGCCGCCCUCGGUCUCUUCCAGCAACGGAGCCGGCCUGCAGUUCGCCUGCUCCCGUCAGCCCGCGGAGCUCUCCAUGAUGCACUGCUCAUACUGGGAUCACGAGAGCAAACACUCGGCGUUACACACGAGGAUUGAUAUUUGAAGUUUGCCAAAGAAAAGUCUCCCUAAACACAGGACUUGUGGACCGAAAUUUAAAUUUCAGUCAUUAAAAAAAAAAAAGAAACAAAGUGACGGCGUGAUUUGACGGCCAGUGGCGCGGCUGACGCGAAGACGACUGAGGCCAUGGGACCGGGAAGUCACCAAGUCUCCGGGACACAGCAGGUAGCGCAGCCUUUAGGAGCCGAAUACAGUAAUAAAGUCGGACUCAUUUCAUCGCAGUCUAUAUUAUGCAUGUGAAAACGCUGUACUUAGCCAGUGCUAACACGCCGUCCACCUGAGCUGUAUUUUGCCAAACGACAACUUUGCACCGUGCGAGACACGCGUGCGUUCAAACCUCACAUCGUGUUCAGUUAAAUAAAUCUAUACGUGAGUAUGAUAUUAUUGACAGCGUGACGCCAGUGUCGAUGACGGUUUUUUCUUCGUCAUUCAAAAUUCUUUUUUUUAAUUUUAUUUUUCUAAACGUGAUUUAUUGCAGUUGUGUUGUUUCCUUCAUGUCAGGACCAUGUUUCAAUUUUUGAUAGCACUUUUCCAUCUUUUCUAAAUCUGUGAAUUUCCUAAUAAACUUGUAUUUUUUAAAG